GGUUUGUGCUGCUAUUCAUUUUCUAAUAACAACAAUUUUCUUAUUUUUCCAGAAUUUUCUUCUCUUUCAUUUGGUCUCUCUCGUCUGUGACUUAAUCUCAUGAUCUAGGGUUUGGUUUCUAUAAUUUCUUAACUAAAUCAUAGUAAUAGGAAAGUCUCAGCAUUUUUUUUUUUUUUUUUUACAGAUCCACAUCAUAUCUCGGUUGGAUCGGGAUAUCUGAACCCGUUAUAAACUGAACCAGCACCAGUCAAUCACCAGCUGGAAAUAAAAAACAAAACACAGAUUACGUCAUCCUCUGAAUCUCUCCUACAAGUCUUCGACUCCACCAUUCUGCUCUAAUUUCUUUCGCCUCUUUUUUUUCAAGGGCUGAAGCUCCUUUCAGUUCUUCUGGUUAUACACCAACAACCACUAUGCCAGAUAACCAAGAACCAAUUUUGAUCAAGGAUGAAGAUGUAACCAAUCAAUUACCGUUUCUUAAACUCAAGCGGUGGCAAUGGUGGGUUUUGGUGGCAGUCAAUAUAUUCUUCCUUGUUGCUGGCCAGUCUGCUGCUGUUCUGCUGGGGAGAUUUUAUUAUGACCAGGGUGGAAAUAGUAAAUGGUUGGCUACCCUUGUCCAAACUGCUGGCUUCCCACUCCUUUUCAUCCCCCUCUAUUUUAUUCCUUCUUCUCAGGAGGCUUCAUCUUCUUCAAGAUAUCCUUCUGUUGCAGUUCUUGUUGUAGUCUACUUUAGUUUUGGAGUUAUCUUGGCUGGUGACAACAUGUUGUAUUCUGUUGGGCUCUUGUACCUUUCUGCCUCUACUUAUUCCUUAAUUUGUGCGAGCCAAUUAGCUUUUAACGCUGUUUUUUCGUACUUCAUUAAUUCUCAGAAAUUCACUGCUCUAAUUUUUAACUCCGUGGUUGUCCUUUCAUUAUCCGCAUCUCUCAUUGCAGUCAAUGAGGAUUCUGAUACACCCUCUAAAGUAUCGAGGUGGAAAUAUUCAAUUGGAUUCAUUUGUACCCUUGCAGCUUCUGCAAUUUACUCUCUUUUCCUUUCUCUAAUGCAGCUUGCCUUCCAGAAGGUUUUGAAAAAAGAAAGCUUUGGUGUGGUUGUGGAAUUUCAAAUUUAUACUUCACUUGUUGCCUCUGGUGUUGCCACUGUGGGUCUUUUUGCCAGUGGAGAAUGGAAGAGUUUAGGUGGUGAAAUGGAGGCUUUUGGUACAGGAAAAUUAUCUUAUGUGAUGACUGUGGUUUGGUCAGCUUUGUGUUGGCAGGUUUGUUCAAUUGGUGUUGUGGGAUUGGUUUAUUUGGUUUCUUCUCUCUUCUCCAAUGUAAUGAGCACAGUCGCUUUGGCUGUCACUCCUGUUGCUGCUUUGAUAUUUUUCCAUGACAAGAUGAAUGGUGUGAAGGUAAUUGCUAUGCUUAUGGCUAUUUGGGGUUUUGCCACAUAUAUUUAUCAAAAUUAUCUUGAUGAUUCUAAGGUAAGGAAAUUACAGAGUGAUGUUAGCGAAACCUGUAAUGAUCAGUCCCGAGUAUGAUACAUAUUUCAUUCAGUGUGGAAAUACUGCACAGAAAUUUGUAGUAUUUUUAAAACUGCUAUUGACGCCAUUCUUUUACAAGACAAUGGAUGAAUAAAAAUUAAAACUGCAAGAAAGAAUGCUGAAAAUUCCAUUACA